AUGGCUGUUGUAGUCGCUGUGUCUGCUAUGGCUGUUGUGGCCGCAGUGGGUGCCGGGGCUGCUGUGUCUGCUAUGGGGCGCGGCCGCCGGCCGCCGGGGCGGGUGGGUGCGUGGGCUGCUCUGUCUGCUAUGGCUGUUGUGGCUGCUUUAUCUGCUAUUGCUGUUGUGGAGGAUGUGGUUGCUAUAUCUGCUAUGGCUGUUGCGGUCAUAACAGGAGUUGGAAGAACAGUCCGACGAGCCACCUCACCCUCGACCUACGGAUUUGAAUCCUCCAGCCUCGGUGGCAUUUCUCAUCCCACUGCCUACUCUUCCUCCGUUUUUUUCCUCCUUUCCCUCAUGGCCGCUCCGUUCCACAACCCCUCCGAGCCGGCUUGGCUCGCGGAUCUGCAAUUCUGUCACCGUACCACCGACCCGUACGAGGAGGUUUUCCUCCCCGUCUUCACCGGCAUCCUGCUUCCCCCCCCGGAUGACCCGGCCUUCUCCCGCAUCCCUGCUGUCAUCCCGUUUGAGGAUGACUCCCCUCUCGCCCUGCUCAACAUCUCCACCCACAUGUGCGUUUUCUGUGGGAACAAUCACCGCGACUCUGACCACGAGACCUUCGCCUUCAAGCGCAAGCAGCGCCUGAACAACAAGGCCCAGCUAUCUGUUGCCCAGCUGCAGCAAACUAACGCACCUCCUGCCCCAACCCCUCUCUGCCUUUCCCUUGUGUACUGCGCGACUGCCCCUCUGCCUUGGCACGCUCCCUCCUUGUGCCCCCCGCUGUCCCCUCCUCCCAUGCCUCCCCUUCACCACCCUUCCAGCAACCAGGUGGCCGCCACGCCCUCACCCCUCGCCUUUACGGAUACGCUUCCCCUUCCACCCCCUCCUCAGCACUGCCCUGUCCCGCCCCAAGGCUCCCUCCCGGCACCUGUACUCGCGUUUCUCUCUCACCAUGGGCGCAUUCGCCCCCCGGCUCCUGCCCAUUUUGCUCUUUCCCCCCCCCUUCCCCCACGGCAGCCCCUUGGCCUUCAACGCUUCCACCCGCUGCCUGGCUCACUCGUGACUGCAUCCACUCCUUUCCCUUCGAUGUCCCCCCUCACCUCACUGAAUGCUCCUGCCCUGCCCCCUCGUUACCUUGCUUGCUCCCCUCUCCUAUCGCCCCCUACACUCCUCCCCCCAGGACAAAUCCUUGGGGCACGUCCGGAUCCCGAUGCUUUUCGCAAGGACCCCGGCUUCCUCUUUAUCGGGCUCGACACCGACGUCGAGCCCUGGACCUGCGUCCUCUGCAACUUCACUUGCGGCCCUGCCCUUGACUCUGCCAUGGCGCACAUGGCCUCCGAGGCUCACACCUCCAACCUGCGCGCAGCUGCCAAGGGCCCUGCUGCAAAGGAAAAGUACAGCAACUGGCGGGCCCUUACCUUCCUGACUACUCCCCAGAUCGCCUCAUUCCUCUCCCAGUGA